AAACUAUAAAACGAAAAAUGUCGAAUUUAAUUUUUGUAAAUAGUCAAAAAGGCAAAAAGCUACUUUCAUACGAUGGAUAUUUGCAUAGCUUACACCGAUCAACUGAAAAUAAAUGUAUUUGGCGCUAUAUUGAAUUUAUAAAUUACAAAUGUAAAGGAUGCUGUCAUACAACUAAUGACGAAGAAUCAGGAGAAAUUAUAAAAAUACCCACACAUAGACAUCCUCCAAAUCCUGAUAAAGUUAAUAUUAAAGAAGCAAUUGAUAAAUUAAAAAAUGAAGCUAAAAUGUCAUGUGAACCUACAAGAAAUGUAGUUAGUAAAAUAGUUUCAGAUGUAUCUAAAAUAACUGUAAAUAAAUUACCAAUUGAUAUGUUAUCUCAGACUGUAAGUAGAACAAGAUAUAAAUAUAAUGAUUACCCUACGAAUACAAUCAACAUAACUGAUUUAAUAUUACCAGACCAAUAUAAGGUAACCAAAACGGGGGUUCCAUUUUUGUUAUACGAUAUUAACAUGGAGGGAAAACGUAGUUUAAUAUUAACUACAAAAAAUAAUUUAGAUUUUUUAAGCGAAUCAGAUGUUUGAAUGGCUGAUAGAACUCUUAAAUCUGUUCCAUCGUUGUUUUCUCAACUUUAUACAAUUCACGCUUGUAAAAAAAAAUGUUACAUAUCCUUUAGUUUAUAUUUUAAUGACUGACUAAACAAAAGAAACGUAUUCAGAAAUUUAAAAAUUUUUAAAAAUUAAGAAACCAGAUCUGAAGCCAUCUAUGUUAAUGGUUGAUUUUGAAAAUGCUUUUAUAUCAACUUUUAAAGAAGAAUUUCCAACGGCGGUUAUUAGAAAUUGCUUUUUUUUAUUUUACUCAGAGUGUUUGGAGGAAAAUACAAAAUAGUGGCCUACAGACAAAAUGAAGAAUUAUUAGAAUCUAUAAUAAUGUAUUUUGAAGACACGUGGAUUGAACGUUUUGGGCGAAGAGGACGAAGAAGAGCACAUUUUAAUAUUGAUUUGUGGAAUUUUUAUCAAUCAGUUAUUGACAAUAAGCCUCACACAAACAAUGCCGUCGAGAGGGUGGUACCAUGCCUUUAAUGGAUCUCUAGGAGCUCAUCAUGCAUCGAUAUGGAAAUGUAUCAAGUGUCUCCAAUUAGAGCAAGACCUUCAAGAAGCAAAAAUUGAAAAAUACACGUCUGG